AUGGAAGGAGAGAAUGAGAAAAGGAGAGGGACGAUGAGGCAGAUGGAGAGCAAAAAUGAGAAUGAGAAAUUUUUUGAUGACUUCUCAGGAGGUAAGAGGAGUAGCAAGCAAAUCUCUAAUGCAAACAAAGGUUCAUAUAAUGUUGAAGGAACUCCCAUGGCAGGUAAGUUCACUGCCUCUGGUAGGCUUUGUAUGACAAAGUUAAAAAGGUCUCCACAUGAUGUAUGUGUGAUUUGUAGUGCAACUGCGCCUGUAGAAUCAGCUGAUGCAGUGAAUAGGGUGAAAUAG